AAUCAUUGCAGGCGAUAGACCAUUAAUAGUUCUUGAUCACAUGACCAUUAACAGUUCUACAGUGUGUACGUUUGCAGUCCUACAUUGUGCUUUUACAUUGUUACUUUAAUUACUGUUCAGCUCUGUUUAUUGGAAGAUCGUUCUGCUAUGGGAAACGAAAUGACUCGCAUUCGUCUCAAGCUUCAAAAAAACAAAGCAAGGCAUGGAGUAGCUGAUACAGAACAGGCCAGCAGUGUGGAAAGAGUACAUAUAUUGGAAAUGGCCAACACAGAUGCAGAACCUCACCCUCUGGAUCAAGCAGAAAAUAGCUCAUCAGUGAAAGACUGCAGUUCAGAAGAAAGCCAAGAGGAUAUAAAGCUACAGCAUGAGAGAAAGAGUCUGGAGGACUUCAACCUCCUCUGUGUACUUGGAAGGGGUACAUUCGGGAAGGUAAUUUUGUCUGAGCUCAAAGGCACCGAUGAGGUGUAUGCACUGAAGAUCAUAAAGAAGGACACGAUUAGGGAAUUUAAUAUGAUCAGCUACGCCCUUAUGGAAAGACGCAUCUUGACUCUGGCAAGUGAACACCCCUACCUGACCCACCUGUUCUGCAGCUUCCAGACCGACGAUUCAUUGUGCUUUGCUAUGGAAUAUUUGAAUGGAGGAGAUCUUGCAUUCCACAUGUUACAAGGGUUUGAUGAAUGUUGCACCCAAUUUUAUGCUGCUGAGAUCGCCUGUGCCCUCAUGUUCCUCCACCAAAACGGUAUUAUUCACAGAGAUAUCAAGCCCGAAAACAUCCUCUUAGAUGCCGAUGGCCACUGCAAGAUUGCAGACUUUGGCAUAUGCAUGGAUGGCAUAGUGGAUGGAAAGAUGGCCAAAACGUUUUGGGGCACACCCAACUACAAGUCACCAGAGAUGAUCCAGUAUUGGGAAUACGGCACGUCGGUGGAUUGGUGGGCCCUGGGUGUGAUCAUGUACGAGAUGAUGACAGGCUGUGACCCUUUUCAUGAUGACAACGAGCAGAAGAUGUACGAUUACAUUGUCAAUGCUGAACCACAUUACCCAUCAAAUCUCAGCAUAGAGGCGAUCAGCAUCCUGAAAGCAUUCCUGGAGAAGAACCCCAAGAAUCGUCUCGGCUGUGUGAAGUCCCAAGGCAAAGAGAACGGCAUCAAAGUUCACCCUUUCUUCAAAAAUAUCAACUGGGUCCUGCUGGAACAGAGGAAGAUCCCACCCCCUUUUAAGCCACAGAUUAUGUCAAAAAGAGACAUCUGUAAUUUUCUGAAAGGAUCCACUUGUGAGGAUCCCGAGCUUCCUCAUGGGGAACUUUCCUUCUUCAACCAGUCCAGCCAAGAGCAGUUCAAAGGCUUCUCUUUCACUAACACCAAAGUGUUAUAGUGUUAUUAUAAAAUUCAUUUGAUCAAUUUAAUUGAUCCUGUGUUUGAAAUUGUAAAUUAUAUAUAUAUAUAUAUAAAAAUAUAUAUGUAUACUUUUUUCCAAAUCAAUUAUUUUCCUUACAAAUGAACAAACGUAAAAGACAAAAGACAAAGAAAGAGAAAAACUCAAGUGAAAAACUCGAAUCAUGUCAGAGAAAAAAAAAAGAAAAGUAUUUCCGCCUGAUAAAAUGACAUUUUUAUUGCCCAGUGUUUAAAGGUGAAAAAUCAUCAGCCAUAGCAUGAACUGCUUGUGCACAUCAUUGAGUUCUGAUGGCCAUUAAAGUUCAUUUUAAGUGUUUAUGGAGAAAAAAAAAUUCACUGAAGUUUUCUAUUGAAGAACUAGACUAGUCUAUCUAGCCACAGAGCCACGUGGCACUUGUUGUUGUAGCGGCUUUUGAAUUGUUCCUCUGACAAUGCAGAAAGUUAUGAUUUAAAACCUAUGAUUUAAAACCUGUUUCAUGUUAUGAGUGGGAUGCAGAUAAACAGUCAUUACUGGA